AUGGCAAACCCAGCUUGGAUUCAGGUAUAUCCUAUGGCUUCACUGUAUAAUUUACUUCAUUCAACUUCGGAUCAUAGCCCGAUUUUAUUGGAGUGUGUAAAGUGUCCUAGUCUUGUGGAGAAUAAGCGUUUUAAGUUUGAAAAUGCUUGGCUUAAAGAACCAAUGUGUUACCAAAUUAUUAAUGAUUGCUGGAAUCGUUCGGUUGAGUCCGAUAUUUUUCAGAAAAUCAGUUGUUGCUCUGAACAGUUGGUAGGUUGGGGAAAAACAAUUACUGGGGACUUUAAACAAAGGAUUGUCAUAUGUAGAAGAGAUCUUGAUCAAUUGAAGUCAAAAACAGAUGAGGUUUCGGUUCAGAGGUAUAAAGAAGUGAAAGGAAAAUUGCUUGUGAUUUUAGACCAAAGAGAGGCUUAUUGA